AUGUAUUGUGUGGAAGGAAGCCAAGCAACCAUACGUUGUACCUGUAUACGUCUGCAAACAAGCUACCUAGCUAGAGACGGAAGAGCCCAUCCCACCCCGACCACCUCUCCCCAUUUCAAAGUCGACAUCCUCUUCUUCCCCCUCCCUCCCCCUCUCUAUCGUCCAUCAGCCAGGGCCGCCAUGAACGGCAAGGGCGGAGACGGCGGGAGCGACCACGACGACAUGGACAUGCGGAAGCCGCUGCUGGUGAACACGGGGAGCUGGUACAAGAUGGGGUCGAGCCUCACGGCGGGGAGCUCCUCCAUGGCCAUCAUCUGCGAGUCCCACGUCUCCGCCUUGCUCUGCACGCUCAUCGUCGCGCUCGGUCCAAUCCAGUUCGGCUUCACCGGCGGCUUCUCCUCCCCGACGCAGGACGCCAUCACCCGCGACCUCGGCCUCUCCAUCUCCGAGUUCUCGGUGUUCGGCUCGCUCUCCAACAUCGGCGCCAUGGUGGGCGCCAUCGCCAGCGGCCAGAUGGUGGAGCACGUCGGCCACAAAGGGGCGUUGAUGAUCGCUGCUGUUCCUAACAUCCUCGGCUGGCUCGCCAUCUCCUUGGCAAAAGACACUACGUUUCUGUAUACGGGGCGAUUGCUUGAAGGAUUUGGUGUUGGUAUCAUAUCCUACACGGUGCCUGUAUACAUAGCAGAGAUUUCUCCUCGUAACAAGAGGGGCGCUCUAGGCUGUGUGAACCCGUUGUCUGUAACACUUGGGAUGGUGUUGGCCUAUGUGCUCGGCAUGCUUGUUCCUUGGAGGAUGCUUGCGCUGAUAGGAACCUUGCCAUGCACAAUAUUGAUACCUGGCCUACUCUUCAUUCCAGAAUCUCCAAGAUGGCUGGCAAAGAUGAACAAGAUGGAUGAUUUCGAAGCCUCUUUACAAGUUUUGAGAGGAUCUGAGACCGACAUCACCUCAGAAGUGAAUGAUAUAAAGACAGCGGUAGCAUCAGCAAACAAAAUGACGGCAAUUCGUUUCCAAGAGUUAAACCAAAAGAAAUUCCGCAUGCCCUUGAUACUAGGAAUUGGCCUGCUUGUACUACAACAGCUAAGUGGGAUCAACGCCAUACUGUUUUAUGCAGGCAGCAUCUUCAAAGCUGCAGGUCUUACAAACAGCAACUUGGCCGCAUGUGGACUUGGAGCUAUUGCGCUUCUUGCCACUGGAGCUACAACCUGGUUGCUAGACAGAGCUGGCCGACGGAUCCUACUUAUUAUCUCUUCUGCUGGGAUGACCCUAAGCCUUCUUGCAAUUGCCGUCAUAUUUUUUCUCAAGGACAACGUUCCGCAAGAUUCUGACAUGUAUUACAUAUUAAGCAUGGUCUCCUUGUUUGCUAUUGUGGCUUAUGUGAUCACCUUCUCCUUCGGUAUGGGUGCCAUUCCAUGGGUCAUAAUGUCUGAGAUCCUGCCGGUUAGCAUCAAGAGCCUGGCGGGAAGCUUCGCAACGCUCGCCAACUGGCUGACCUCCUUUGGGAUAACAAUGACAGCAAACUUGCUGCUCAGCUGGAGUGCUGGAGGUACCUUUGCGUGCUACACGCUCGUGAGCUCUUUCACGCUCAUGUUCAUCAUCCUCUGGGUGCCGGAGACCAAGGGAAGAACUCUCGAGGAGAUACAGUGGUCGUUCCGGUGA